CGGCGGCCUGGGCCACGGCCCCUCCGGGUACCGCCGGGAUGCCCGGGACCCGCGCGGCCAGGAGGACCCGCGAGGAGGUGGACGCGACGCUGCAGGUGGCCAAGCUGGACGCCGCCGAGCUGCUGCCCAGCGUGCACUGCCUGGCCUUCGGCCUGGGCGCCCACGGCGGCCCCGGAGAGGCGUGUCUGCUGGAUCUUGUGAUUCGCGGUGACAAGGAGGAGCAAGCUGUGCUCUGCAGUAAAGACAAGACCUACGACCUGAAAGUAGCAGACAAGUCCAAUAUGUUACUUCUCAUUCCUGGUUGCAAAACUCCAGACCAGCUGAAGAUGGAAGAAAGUCCCUGUAAUAUUGUUCACACUGAGAUCUUUGGUUUUUCUAAUAAUUAUUGGGAAUUAAGAAGAUGCAGACCUAGAUUAAAGAAGCUAAAGAAACUUCUGAUGGGAAAUACUUAUGAAGGACCUGACAGUCAAAAGAAAAAGGAUUCAAAAUGCUCAAAAUAUACAACUGAAGAUUUGCUUGAUCAAAUUCAGGCAAGUGAGGAAGAGAUCAUGACCCAAUUAGAAGUUCUAAAGGCCUGUGUGAUUGGAGGCUACUAGAGGAUUCUUGAAUUUGAUUAUGAGAUGAAACUUCUGAAUCACAUAACUCAGCUUGUGGAUUCGGAAUCUUGGUCUUUCAGUAAAGUUCCUUUGAAUAUAUGCCUUCAGGAACUUGGGCCUUUGGAGCCAGAGGAAAUGAUAGAACACUGUCUCAAAUGUUAUGGAAAGAAAUACAUAGAUGAAGGUGAAGUGUAUUUUGAAUUGAGUGCUGACAAAAUAUGCAGGGCCACAGCGCAGCUGCUGCUGCAGAACGCCGUGAAGUUCAAUCUGGCCGAGUUUCAGGAGGUGUGCCAACAGAGCGUUCCUGAAGGAGUGACCACGAGCCUUGAGCAGCUCAAGGGUCUAGCACUAGUGGAUAGAAACUCGAGACCAGAAAUCAUAUUUUUGCUGAAAGUAGAGGAUUUACCUGAGGGAAAUCAGGAACGUUUUAACAGUUUGUUCUCUCUGAGGGAGAAGUGGACGGAAGAGGAUAUUGCUCCAUACAUCCAAGAUUUGUGUGGAGAGAAGCAAACCAUAGGUUCAUUACUUACUAAAUAUGCUCGUUCUUCGAUGCAAAAUGGCAUUAAAGUUUAUAAUUCAAGAAGACCCAUUUCUUAAAAGAGCAGCAGUUUUUUCUUUGGAACUAAGUUGCUUUAUAAAGCUGAUGUAAAAAAAUA